GUGGCGCGGCGCUCGAUUGUUGCGGGCUGGCGAAGAUGGCUUCCUCGGAGCAGGCCGAGCAGGCCGGACAGGCCGGCCCUAUUCCAGGGAAUGAAAACGUGGUGCCCCGAGAGCCUCUGAUUGCCACAGCUGUGAAGUUUCUGCAGAACUCCCGGGUACGUCAGAGCCCAAUCGCAACCAGAAGAGCAUUCCUUAAGAAAAAAGGACUGACAGAUGAAGAGAUUGACCUGGCCUUCCAGCAGUCGGGCACUGCCGCCGACGAGUCCCCGGCCCCUUCCUCUCAAAUGGGGCCCGGGCCGGCCCCUCUCCUCCUGCCUCAGCCAUACAGUCCUGCGGGCUCUAGAUGGCGAGAUUAUGGGGCUCUGGCCGUCAUCAUGGCGGGGAUUGCCUUUGGCUUCCACCAGCUGUACAAGAAGUACCUGCUCCCGCUCAUCAUGGGCGGCAAAGAGGAUAGGAAACAACUUCAGAGGAUCGAGUCGAAUAUUUCCCAGAUGAGUGGCAGCGUGACACAGACAGUGACUCAAUUACAGACGACUUUAGCCUCCGUCCAGGAACUGCUGAUUCAGCAGCAGCAGAAAAUCCAGGAGCUCACCCAGGAGCUGACGACCUCUAAGGCCACUACUUCCACCAACUGGAUCCUGGAAUCCCAGAACAUCAAUGAGCUGAAGUCUGAGAUUUAUUCCUUGAAAGGACUUUUCCUAAACCGGAGGCAGUUCCCCCCUUCGCCGUCCGCCCCCAAGAUCCCCUCGUGGCAGAUCCCCGUGAAGGCGCCCUCCCCCUCCAACCCCACCACGGCCAACCACAACAGCAGCAGCGACAUCUCCCCCGUCAGCAACGAGUCGGCCUCCUCCUCGCCGGUGAAGGAGAACCACAGCCCCGAGGGGUCAAAGGUCAACUGCCACCUGCUGGGCCCGGAGGAGGAGGGGGAGGUGGUGAUCGACGUGAAGGGCCAGGUCCGGAUGGAGGUGCAGGGUGAGGAGGAGAAGAGGGAGGACAAGGAGGACGAGGAGGACGAGGACGAUGACGUGAGCCACGUGGACGAGGAAGACUGCCUGGACGUCCAGACGGAAGACCGGCGAGGGGGAGACGGACAGAUCAACGAGCAAGUGGAGAAGCUCCGGAGACCCGAGGGGGCCAGCAAUGAGAACGAGAUAGACUAGGGGCGACCACCUCUCCUGGCCCCCGGCCCCAGCAGCCCUCCCUGCCCAUCCGCUCCCCGGCGCUGGGGCCCCCCGGCCGCAGCGCGGGGAAACCCUUUCUCAAGCCAGCACCUUCUCCGAGGAGGGCUCGCCGCGGGUUGAUGUGAAGAUACCGGUCCUGCAGAGGCCCGGCGCCUCGGUGGCUUCCGGCCCGUCCCCCCGACGUGGCCCGGCCGGCUGUCCCCCUGGGUCUGUAGAAUGGCCCUCGGACCCGUCGUCGGCCCCAGCCACGGAGUCGCACGCCCUCCCCUCACCCAGUGUCAGCCCGACUGCCGCUCCUGAAUCCCGCUCCUCUCCUCCCGCUCUGGACCCCCUCGGGUGCUCCGGCGGGUGUCCCCUCCUGCAAGUGUCUCGACACCGAUCUCAUCCCCAGACCAGCUUGGCCUCUGAGAUCUACUCCAGAGGCCAUAAAGUGGCUGUGGGUAUCCAAAGAACACCAUCUCCCCAGCUCUCACCCCUGGUGGCAACUUGCUUUGGACCAGGGUUAGGCAUGGCCCAGGUUGUAACGUGCAUGACAACGGCUAGCUCCUCAGGUGGGAGUGAACUGCUGUUGAAACACGCUUCACCCCCACCCCCGACCCCCUUGCAGGGAAGGGCUGCCCAAUCUCCUUCUCUAAGCUGUGCUGCCCCCUUCCCCUUGUCCCACCCCCCUCCCUCCCGAAUUGGAUAGCCUCGGGAGCCUCUGGUCACCUCGUCGGGGGCACUUUCCAACAGGGGAGACUCCGAGGCCACCCCUCGGCUAGGGAGAGGCGAGCAGUAAACGACGUCCCCCAAGUACUCUGCUAGGGGGCGGCUCGUCCACAGCCAGGAUGUGUCCCAAACACCAGUGGCCCUUCUGCUCCCUCCUCGUCCUCGUCCUCCUCCUCCUCCUUCUCCCCCCCACCCGAGGCCUCCCAGGAGACCGGAGUUUGGGGCUCCCAUCAUCUUUCGGCCGGUCGGAUGGGGAGUCUCACUCUCCGCAGAGGAGCCUGCUGCUAGAGCAAUCCCCGUAACACGCGAGUCCGUCUUUCUCACAAAGAACCUGUGCUGUGCUCAUCGGUGUGAUCCUGUAUAGAUUUCAAAAUAUAAAAUUGUAUAUAAUUGUAAUAAAUAUGAGUUACCACUAUUUAACACCCA